UUCUCUGAAACUCGUCCUGAACAGCAACGACCACAGCACUCACCUCAAAAACAACACUCGUUCACGUAAACGACAGGGAACGUCGUCAGUACUCGAGGUGUUGAACCUAGCGUCAUCUAGUGAGGGUAAUCGUCACUGGCAGAACAUAGGAAAUGUGAGCGGCUCGUCCGUCCGUCUAGACACCUUCCUGUGGGUCGGAGCAGAGAGAGUGGGACCGUGGCAGGUUGGUAGGCAGCGCUUCCGGGUGGCGACAAAUUAUAACCCUCCUUUUGUCCAACAGUCCACAAGGGUCAGCAAUGGGAGCUGUUUAAUGGGAAUACCUUGUCUUCAGGUGUUGACUAAUCGUAAAGAUGAGCUGGUGACCAUCUUCAUGGACUACGCACGAGGCAAAUCGGAAGGCAGUACUUACAAUGUCACGUGUUGUUCUGGAAUCACCAUGGACCUACUGAUGGACUUAGCACGAGACCUGAACUUUGAUUACGACAUUUACCUCGUGGCGGAUGGUAUGUUCGGCACAAGUCGCGGGGGUAAGUCGUGGAACGGCCUGACGGCGGAUCUCGUCAGCGGAGCCACGCACCUAGUUUUCUCGACUUUCAGUAUUACCAGCUCCAGAUACGAGGUCAUCGACUUCUCCGUCCCGUACUUUCACUCUGGAGUUUCGUGUCUCGCUGCCUCCAAGUUGCACAAUGUGCCGCUCUCGGCCUUCCUGGUUCCAUUCAGCAUUCAACUGUGGGUCGCCAUCUUCGCGAGUCUCAACGUCGCAGCCUUCACUGCUGCCAUCUAUGAAUGGUUGAGUCCAUUUGGUCUGAAUCCGUGGGGAAGACAACGGACCAAAAACUUCAGCCUGGCUUCUGCACUUUGGGUCAUGUGGUCCCUUCUCUUCAGCCACCUAGUGGCCUUCAAAGCCCCCAAGUCUUGGCCCAACAAGGUCCUGAUCAACCUGUGGGGAUGUUUCAGCGUGAUCUUCCUGGCCUCCUAUACAGCUAACAUAGCGGCUCUGUUCGCAGGCCUGUUCUUUCAGCUGCGCGUUGACGACUUCCACGACUCCAGUUUUAUCAAAUUACCUUUACCUUCUCAAACCAGGAAAGGUAAGCUGGACGUGCUGAUCGGAGACACCGCAGUCUUGAAUUACUUUCGUGGUAACGAACCCGGAUGUAACCUGCACCUUCUAGGAGACCCAAUCUUCGACGACGCCUACGCAAUAGGAAUGCAAAAAGGGUUUCCGUUGAAGGAUGCAAUAUCCGACCUGAUUCUUCGUUACAACGAGUUUGGCUACAUCGACCAGUUACAACAGAAAUGGUAUGGAAGAGUCCCUUGUUUUGAUUCUUCAGUUCACAGUCCAACCAAGCCUAUGGGCCUGAGCAUCAGGGCUGUGGCUGGUGUAUUCAUCAUGUUGUUAGUGGGAAUUCUCGUUGGUGUCAGCAUAUUGGUGCUCGAACAUCUGAUAUUCCGUUAUGCCCUGCCCACCCUCAGGGAAAGACCUAGUGACACAGUUUGGAAAAGUCCUAAUGUUAUGUUUUUUAGCCAAAAACUCCACCGAUUCAUCAACACCGUGGAGCUGGUGUCGCCACAUCACUCAGCCAAAGAAAUCGUCAACAACCUCAGAGAGGGACAAAUUUUCAGCCUUUUUCAGAAAAGUGUGAAGAGGGUACGUAAUGAUACAAUCUUAGAUAGAACACGAGAACCGACAAUUUGA